AUGGCAUCCUGCAGUACCAGCAGCGAGGAGGACCGCAGCCUGCGGGAAUGUGAGCAAUAUGUACAGAAACACAACAUCCAGCAACUUCUUAAAGACUGCAUUGUCCAGCUGUGCACAGCACGCCCCGACAGACCCAUGGCCUUCCUCCGAGAAUAUUUUGAGCGUCUGGAGAAGGAGGAAGCCAAGCAGACCCUACACCAGCAGAAAUCUGGCUCCCGCUCUGAUUCCCGUGAGGAUGAGAUCUCCCCACCCCCACCUAUGAAUCCUGUAGUAAAGGGUCGCAGACGGCGUGGAGCUAUCAGUGCAGAGGUGUACACAGAGGAGGACGCAGCUUCGUAUGUACGCAAGGUCAUCCCUAAAGACUACAAGACUAUGGCGGCUCUGGCCAAGGCCAUUGAGAAGAACGUUCUGUUUGCACAUCUGGAUGACAACGAGAGAAGCGACAUAUUUGAUGCCAUGUUCUCUGUCACCUACAUAGCCGGAGAAACAGUCAUCCAGCAGGGUGAUGAAGGCGAUAAUUUCUAUGUGGUGGACCAGGGGGAGAUGGAUGUUUAUGUCAAUAACGAGUGGAUGACCAGUAUCGGAGAGGGCGGAAGUUUCGGAGAAUUGGCAUUAAUCUAUGGAACGCCAAGGGCAGCCACUGUGAAAGCCAAAACCAAUGUGAAGUUGUGGGGAAUUGACCGGGAUAGUUACAGGAGGAUCCUCAUGGGGAGCACACUACGCAAGCGCAAGAUGUACGAGGAGUUCUUGAGCAAAGUCUCCAUUCUGGAAUCUCUGGACAAGUGGGAGCGGCUGACUGUGGCGGACGCUCUAGAGCCUGUUCAGUUUGAGGAUGGACAGAAGAUUGUGGUGCAGGGUGAGCCUGGGGACGAGUUCUUCAUCAUCCUGGAGGGUACUGCUGCCGUGCUCCAACGCCGCUCUGAGAAUGAGGAGUUUGUGGAGGUCGGCCGGCUGGGUCCUUCAGAUUAUUUUGGUGAGAUUGCCCUGCUGAUGAAUCGGCCUCGAGCAGCCACUGUGGUGGCUCGCGGGCCCUUGAAAUGUGUGAAGUUGGACCGCCCACGCUUUGAACGGGUCCUGGGUCCCUGUUCUGACAUCUUGAAGAGAAACAUCCAGCAGUACAACAGCUUUGUGUCACUGUCAGUCUGA